CGUGUAGCAAUGCAUGUUUGGUUGAGCUAUGAAUGAAGGGCCAUCAUUCCGGUGGCUCCGAGGAGGAGAACACAGUUUUUUACUCUCGCUACGUGUAUUUAAAAUGAACGGCCAGGUUUUUCUGUCAGGUACUUGAAUGACCAGUCAACCACAUUCCAUCUCUUUACUGGGUUUUCUUGGAUGCUCUAUUCUAUUCCUUACAUUUUAUUCCUCAAAGAACCCCCAGGACCUCUUUAGACCAAUGCCUUAGUUUUUAAAUUGCUUUCCAGAACCUGCACACAAUCCGUUUAUAUUGGUGCAAUUUUUUUUUUGAUUCAAUAGAAGUUAAACCUCGUCUUCCUAAUCCUCACAAAUCUUCACCUAAUAUCAAGUUACAAGGGCCGUCUGAACCCUUGCGCGCACGUGACAGAAAGCAAGAGCCACCAUGUCCUCCAUUCUUCCCUUCACACCCCCGGUCGUGAAGCGCCUCCUGGGAUGGAAGAAGACUCCGGCCGGGAGCGGAGGAGCGGGCGGAGGAAUCGGUGGAGUCGGGGAGCAGAACGGAGGAGGGCAGGAGGAGAAAUGGUGCGAGAAAGCUGUGAAAAGCCUGGUGAAGAAGCUGAAGAAGACCGGCCAGCUGGAUGAGCUGGAGAAAGCCAUCAGCGCACAAAACAGCAACACAAAAUGCGUAACAAUACCAAGCAAUUGCUCAGAACUGUGGGGUCUGGGCUCAGGCCACACGAUAGAGCAGUGGGACUCUACAGGCAUGUACGGAUACCCUGACCAUAGCAGGUCACUGGAUGGCCGCCUUCAGGUUUCUCAUCGUAAAGGCCUGCCUCAUGUCAUCUACUGCCGCCUGUGGAGAUGGCCUGACCUUCACAGUCACCACGAGCUUAGGGCCAUCGACACUUGCCAAUAUGCAUUCAACCUCAAGAAGGAUGAAGUUUGUGUCAAUCCUUACCACUACCAGAGAGUGGAGACGCCUGUGCUGCCUCCUGUGUUGGUGCCACGCCACACAGAGAUUCUGACCGAGCUUCCACCUCUAGACGACUUCACAAACUCUAUCCCUGAAAACACCAACUUUCCUGCAGGCAUAGAACCUCCUAACAACUAUAUACCAGACACUCCUCCUCCGGGAUACAUGAGUGAAGACGGAGAAACCAGCGACCAGCAAAUGAAUCAAAGUAUGGAAUCAGGCUCACCAGCAGAAAUGUCACCAAGCGCUCUGUCACCGGUCAGUCAUGGCCUGGACCUUCAGCCGGUCACUUACAGUGAACCAGCUUUCUGGUGCUCUAUAGCUUACUACGAGCUGAACCAGCGGGUCGGUGAGACCUUCCACGCCUCGCAGCCAUCUCUGACCGUCGACGGCUUCACAGAUCCCUCCAACUCGGAACGCUUCUGUUUAGGCCUUCUCAGCAAUGUCAACAGAAAUGCCACUGUGGAGAUGACACGGAGGCAUAUAGGUCGUGGCGUCAGGUUGUAUUACAUCGGAGGGGAGGUAUUUGCCGAGUGCCUCAGUGACAGUGCCAUCUUUGUUCAGAGUCCCAACUGCAACCAGCGAUAUGGGUGGCACCCAGCUACCGUCUGCAAGAUACCACCAGGCUGUAAUCUGAAGAUUUUUAACAACCAGGAGUUCGCAGCCCUGCUAGCCCAGUCGGUCAACCAGGGCUUUGAGGCAGUGUACCAACUAACCAGAAUGUGCACAAUCAGAAUGAGCUUCGUCAAGGGUUGGGGAGCAGAGUAUAGACGCCAGACUGUAACCAGCACUCCUUGUUGGAUCGAACUGCAUCUCAAUGGCCCCCUCCAGUGGUUGGAUAAAGUGCUGACCCAGAUGGGUACCCCACAAGCUCGCUGCUCUAGUAUGUCCUAAAACGAGAUCCAUGCAAAGUCAGACUGACAUUUCACAACAUCAAAACAAUUUGUCUUAAAGGAGACUACCAUGCAGUCUUAAAUAAUGUACUAAUAGCGUUUAAAAAAAAAAAAA